GGAUAUUGCUCACGUGGUAUUAAGUGUCUCCACAUCCACGACCCCAUGAAGGUCUCUUUAUGCCCCUCUGUCUUGCAAAACCGACAUUGUAUCCGAGGCAUGAGCUGUAAUCUCAGCCAUGUUCCUACCUCAAAGACCACACCAACGUGCACUUUUUUCCUUGCUGGAAGAUGCGAUCGAUCCAAUUGUCCCUUUUCCCAUGCUCAGGUGGAGCCUUGGGCGGCCCCAUGUUCGGACUUUGCACUUUUUGGCUGGUGCGAGAAAGGCGCAAGUUGUCGAUAUCGCCAUCUCCGCCAGUGCCGUGAGUAUGCUCGAUUUGGUAUCUGUUACAAUACCCGAUGUCUGCACACUCAUAUUGAUCCAGCA